UACUCGCAGCGUAGUGGCCAUCACCCACGGAGGCUUCCAUGGAUUCCAAGAAGUCCAACAAGAUCACGGAGAUAGUGAGGCUCCAACAGAUCCUGAAGAAGUGGAAGAAGCUGGCGGUGACGCCGAAGAGCGGCGGUGGCAGCAAGAGCAUCAAGUUCCUGAAGAGGACCCUCUCCUUCACCGACGCGUCGGGGGACGUCCCGAAGGGAUACCUGGCGGUGUGCGUCGGGGAGGAGAUGCGGAGGUUCGUGAUCCCCACGGAGUACCUCGGCCACAGGGCCUUCGCGGCGCUGCUGAGGGAAGCAGAGGAGGAGUUCGGGUUCCAGCAGGAAGGCGUGCUGCGGAUCCCAUGCGAGGUGGCCGUGUUCGAGAGCAUACUGAAGGUGGUGGAGAAGAACAAGGAGGGGCUCUGCUACUGCUCCGCGGAGGCUGAGCUCGCCAGCUCCCACCUCCCACCAAAACCAGUGUGCAGAUGAGCGGCAGAGGAAGGAAGCGGUGCGGGUGAGGGAUGAUGAUGAUGAUGCACAAACCUUCUUCUCCCCCAACAAAAUUGACCAUGGCUUUCUCUCUGUGUUUAUGUGCUUCCUCUGACUUCUUCUUCUUCUUCUUCUUCUUCUUCUUGGUGGCUUGAGGUGGUGGAUGUGUUCUGUACCAGUAGCAGAAAUGGAUACCAGUUUUGACACUUCUCAUGUUGGUGCAUUCUCAUUACUACACAGUCAACUUUUUUUCUCUC